UAGAUAGAUAGAUAGAUAGAAAGGCUGUGUUUAAAAAAAUACUUUUAACAACUUCUGACAGACCAGAUUGGAAUUUAAAUAAGAAUAUAGAGACCACCAGCCCCAUCUAGUGGAAAAGACUGACACAGUGGGGCUUACAGCAAAAAAAAGAAAAGGAAGAAGUAACUCUUUUGGUUUUGCUUGGUAUUCAAGUCCUAAACUGUGUGUGCUUACUGAGGCCAUUAGCAAAAAUUGAAUUAUUGAAGCACUGAAUUGUGUUGAAAUAGAAAUCAGCCCCUGCAUCACAAAAUGUACCUCAUUCAAAUGAGCUUAACAACAAGACUGUGGAGAAGCUUUUGCAUUAAUACAUGUGCAAGGUCAAAGGUCAGCUGCUAUGUGCUCUUCCUGGUCCUGGAACAAAGUUAAGAUGUACAAACUACAGACACAGGAGACUGAAUGUGUUUCAGAGCAACUCUGACUGAUGAAUAAAAGACAAGAUCAUUCUUGAUGGUUAUGGUUGCUUUGUGCUUUGUAAACAGCAUUAAGCAAAUGAGACUGGACUAGCAGCAAAUGCUCUUUGGGACAGGGAAAACACUCUCUGCUGCUCUUAGAUAAUCUGUUUACAAUGACAGUCUGUGACAGUGAGAGGUAAGUAGCUUUUUAUUCAUCAUGCUACUAAUUUGUCAAAAAAUACUAAACAAAAAGAAAAGUUUCUAGAGGAAUCAGAUUAUGUAUUGACAUUAUACAAUGUAUAAUAAAACAGUCCCCUCAAAUGCACCCAAUUAAAAACAAGAAAUAAUGAAUAAAGAGCAACAACAGUAGUAUCAAUAGCAAUAUAAGCAAGAAGGAUAUUAAACAACAAAAAAAAGAAAAAGAAGCUUGAAAGAAACAGAUAUCUAAACUUUAUGUUUUUCAAUAAUUUCCUUCAAUGCUUUUUUUGGAGAAUGCUUCCUACAUUUGAUUAAGGGAAUAGUGAAAAAGGAGUGCUCAACAAAUGUAUUGAACGACACAGACACACAGGAUGAUUCACUUUUUUUAAUUGACUUGCUGAUUUUCAGAGGUCAUCCAUCAACCAUGCAUUGUUUCGAUCCAGGUAGACAAUUCGUUUAUUUUUGCAUAUAUGCAAAUCUGAUUCUGUGUAUGUGUGCGUCUGCGUGUGUAACUUUGAAUAUUCUUUAUUUAUCAUGCUCCACCAAUUAACCUUGCACAGUCCCUCUCAGUUCAGCCUCCGCCGGUGGGAGCUGGUCAUUCAUGCUUUGGGAGCUUUUCCCUGACCAGCACUCCCUCGGCGCUGGGCGACUGUGGGUUCACAAACACAGCAAACCGUGCCAAGUGGCAGCAAGUCCGUGCUGGAGCGGUGGCCUCUAUCUGGGCUGCUUUUGGCGCGGUGGAAGGAGAUUUGCGCGACUUAAAAGUGGAUCAGUGUUUUGUAAUGAUUUUUUUCCCCCCUCUCGGAGCGCCUUCCUAUUAUUAGCUGCGGAGGCCUCCCGGUUGGUGGAGGUGGCUGAUGACGGCCGGGCAGCGGCUCUGCAGCGCGUCAACACUGUUUUCGUUUUGGAGCGUUUCGCUCGCACCUUUAUUUUAUUUGCACCGAUCCGGGCGACUUUUCCCGAAACGACUGCGGUCGCUCGGCCUGCACUUCUCCAGCCUGGUUUCCCCCCUUUACCUUGAAGAUGAAGUUAAACGCGAGCUGCCAUCAGGGGCAAGCCGCCCCCACCGGAGACCUGCUUUUUAUCUCCUUCUUCACCCUGCCCUGUGCAGCACUUCCUUAUGUUGCGGUUUCUGUGCGUCUUUUUCAUUUGCACAGGCCCCAGCUGACAGAUUCUGAUAUGGACUAUGAGAGGCCAAACGUUGAAACUAUCAAGUGUGUGGUGGUAGGAGACAAUGCAGUCGGAAAGACCCGCCUUAUCUGCGCCCGGGCCUGCAAUGCCACACUGACUCAGUACCAGCUACUUGCCACACAUGUGCCCACAGUCUGGGCAAUCGACCAAUACAGAGUAUGCCAAGAGGUAUUGGAGCGUUCCAGAGACGUGGUGGAUGACGUCAGCGUGUCCCUAAGGCUCUGGGAUACUUUUGGAGACCACCAUAAGGACAGACGCUUUGCAUAUGGCAGGUCUGACGUUGUGGUACUCUGCUUCUCAAUCGCGAAUCCUAACUCUUUGUACCAUGUGAAGACCAUGUGGUACCCUGAGAUCAAGCACUUCUGCCCCCGUGCUCCUGUAAUCUUGGUAGGCUGUCAGCUGGACCUGCGCUACGCAGACCUGGAGGCAGUGAACCGAGCACGGAGGCCUUUAGCCAGACCCAUUAAAUCCAAUGAGAUUCUUCCUCCUGAGAGAGGCCGGGAGGUAGCCAAAGAGUUGGGAGUGCCGUAUUAUGAAACCAGUGUUGUUGCUCAGUUUGGAGUCAAGGACGUCUUCGAUAAUGCCAUCCGAGCUGCGCUCAUCUCCCGCCGCCAUCUCCAGUUUUGGAAAUCUCAUCUCAGAAAUGUUCAGCGCCCUCUCCUUCAAGCGCCCUUCCUGCCUCCGAAACCACCCCCACCUAUCAUCACUGUGCCUCCUCCCCCAUCCACCACAGAGGAGCAUCCGGUUGGACUUCUGGAGGACCCGCACUGUGCUGAUGUUAUCCUGGUCCUGCAGGAGAGACAGAAAAUCUUUGCACACAAGAUAUACUUGUCCACCUCCUCCUCAAAGUUCUAUGACCUCUUUAUCAUGGACACGCAGACUGAGGAGAGUGAAAGGCCCCCUCGUGCCCCUCUCUCCGGCAGAGAGCUGCUGAUGCGUGCUGCUAGCUUCGACGUUUGCGAGAGCAAUGACGAUGGAGACAGGGCCAACCUGAGGGCCUGCACUAGCGACGGGACCCUGAAAGACUCCGAAGGGGCCAGACGAGGCAGGCUGCUCUCUUCGUGGAGUCGAGCCUUCGUCAGCAUCCAGGUGGAGCUGGUAGAUGACCCUGUAACGUACAGCCCAAGACCCAUGACUGUAGUUCACAUGGACCAGUCCAUGCAGUUCGGUCCUUUUCGAGCAGUUCUCCGCUACCUGUACUCGGGUCAGCUGGAUGAGAAUGAGAAAGAGCUAAUGCAAAUAGCACACAUUGCGGAGCUGCUGGAAGUCUUUGAUCUGCGGAUGAUGGUGGCGAACAUACUUAACAAUGAAGCCUUCAUGAACCAAGAAAUCACCAAAGCCUUCCAUGUACGCCGCACCAACAGAGUCAAAGAGUGUUUGGCCAAAGGCACCUUUUCUGAUGUAGUAUUCAAGCUCGAUGAUGGGACAAUCAUGGCCCACAAGCCUUUACUCAUCUCUAGCUGUGACUGGAUGGCAGCUAUGUUUGGCGGGCCUUUUGUAGAGAGCUGCACCAAAGAGGUGCUGUUUCCCAACACAACUCGCAGUUGCAUGAGAGCGGUCCUGGAGUAUCUGUACACGGGGAGGUUUUGUUCUCGACCAGACCUGGACGCAAUGGAGCUCAUUGUUCUUGCCAAUCGUCUUUGCCUCCCCCACCUGGUUGCACUCACAGGUAUUACAUUUGAGCUCUACACGGUAACUGUAUUGACGGAGGCGGCGAUGAUGGGGGCUGACAUUGAUGGAGAUGUGCUGGUGUACUUGGAUAUGGCCCAGUUCCAUGGUGCUCAGCAGCUGACUGGAUGGUGUCUACACCACAUUUGCACCAACUACAACAGUGUCUGCCGUAAAUUCCCCAGAGACAUGAAGGCCAAGUCUACAGAGAACCAAGAAUACUUUGAGAAGCAUCGCUGGCCACCGGUUUGGUACUUGAAGGAAGAUGACCACUACCAAAGAGCGCGCAAAGAGCGUGACAAGGAAGACUACCUAUACCAGAGACGGCAGUGCAAACGCAAGUGGCUCUUCUGGAACAUUCCCUCCUCCCCGAACUCAAACUCUCCCUCUGGUUCCUCCGCUGUCAUCUGACAGAGGGGUAAGGUCAGGCCGGAGUGCAUCCGUGUGUCUCUGAAGGUUGUAAAAGAUGUUAAAUAAGGGCACACUGGUUCUUCUCCUGCCUGUGCUGGCAAACAACACCGUGGGCUUGCGAGGUCAGCUCAUUGUGGUGAUGUAAGUGAUGACUUUUAAUCCCUAGAAUUUUCAACUGGGUAUCUCGUAAGACUCCAACCUCAAUAAUACAAACCUUAUCAACAACUGUUACAGUGUAACCGGCGCAAUUAUUAACCCAUAUUUUCCACAACUUUAUUUUAAUAGAAAAAUAAAAACACAGAAUUCUGCUGGCACAGAACCUUCCACCUGUUCUAAUUCUCAUCAGUUAACCUUAACUGAUAACCAAGUGCUGCUUAUCAGCUGCAACAACCAGCAAUUCUACACAGAAUUCAAGUCUCAGAGAUAUAACGCUUUGCCCUUAAGUGUUUGUACAAUCCAGUCUAUGUAAACAGUAUGACCACACCAACAGGAUGGAACAAUAGCACGGCCGGCCCACAAACAGUCAUUAAAGUCGUUAAUUUAAACCACUUUACUACAAAUGAGUCUGCAUAACAGAAACACAUUUCUAUUCCUGCUUAUUUUUGUACUGUAGGUUCAUUCGGUUUUAACUAUUAGUGAGCAGCUUACAUUUCUAAAAGCGGUGUGUAUCUCGACACCCACCACUUACAUGUUGUGAAUUUGAAAUCCGUGGCCUCUUGUCACAAAAGGGCUUUAUUUUAAAUGAAUGCAUUUAGUUUUCUGUAACACAGGAAUCAAGACAAAUAUGUGUUUUCUGUAAAAUGCCAGAAAAAAAAAAGGCAGUCCAGUAAUGAUUUCUAUGUGUUGCUGAAUAAGAAUUGUUAGCACACAUAUUUCCCGAUCCAGUCUGUUAUACAAAAUGGCUCCAUAACCUUGAUAACCGCCAUCCAGGAAAGCAACACAUAACAGAACAGAUGAAACCGUGUGGAGAUCACCCCCCCACCCUCACUGUUCCUGCCUCCGGUUGUAAUUUGAUCUUUAGAAAUGUGUCUCAGUUGGUUGGAGGCCGCCAUCUAGCUGUCUCCAUGUGGAUAUGUAAGACCUGUACAUGCAGAAGAACUCCUCACACUCGGAUGAAGUCAUCUGUUCUUCUGUACACCUUGUGCACUUUCUGGACUCACCAGAGACACUAACACAAUGACCUCUAGAUGCAGCAUCCCGGACUGUAUGGUGUUAUGAAAAAAUGGAAGAGGGGAGGAUACGAGGCCAAGAUAUUUCACAUUUUUUCAGAACCGCUCAUAUCAUUUUUCAUGAUUUGUUUUUGCACACCUCACAGAAUGUGUUCAAGAUUGUCAUCUACGGAUGUAAUUGAUUGUAGGGUGGGCAGCAAGCGUGGUGCUCAGUGAAUAUGGGUAGUAUUGUAAAUUGUAUAAAAUAUCUGAUGAAAUGCAAAUAACUUGCUUCACUCUAAUGUGCUGUUACAUACUAUUGUGCACUGCAGGCAGUGAGCAGAAUCUUACAGUGUUACUGAGUUAUACUGAGUAUAACUUUUUUUCCACUUGUUUUUAGUUACUGUGCAGCUACAAAUGACUCAUUCCUCAUUGUGCUGAUCUCCAGGUAAUUCUAUGAUAGACUUUAAUUUACAUGGAACUUUCGGCAGGUCAGUGUAAGAGAUGACCAAUAGUACACCAGAAUAACAAUGCAAAGUGACGUAGACACGUGGACAUGUAAGUGACAUCAUUAAGGUGUGUGAUGCAUUCAUACAACAUGCUGUUGUUCUCAAUACAGUGAUUGCAAUUGCUUAUGCCGCAUAUGUUAAAAUUAUACUUGCUUUAAUCCUAUAUAUGCCCCCCCCCUUAAACCUAAGAAUUUUAGCAAAGAGCUUAAAGUCACAAAGUGGUAUGUAUUAGUUCUGUGACAAAAAUAUAUUCUUGUAUCAGCUCCUUACUGAGUAUCUACAUGAACAUAGCUCAGUACAUAAUUUGUCAUUUAAAGAUGUAAGAUAUAGAUAAGUGGUUGUACUGGUGCUCCCAGGAGUAGCUUUAUAUCCUGAUUGAUUAUUUUUGACUUUCGAUUCUUUAUUAAAGACAAAAACUUUCAUUUGAAGCGUGUAAACCGUCCAGAUAUUUGGACGCACAUGUUGAGUCAGAGAUUAAUCAGUCUAACCCUAAUCCACUGCAGAGCUUUACACUAAUUCUGAAUUCUACUUAUCACACCGUUUGACCCUCAUAUAAUGUCUGCUUUUCUAUUUUACAUCCAAGACUAUUUACUUUAAUUUUUGUUGGUGGUACGAUGUAUAUACAUCUCUACGGUUCCAAAACGGUUGCAAUGAUGUGCAAAUUACAUAUACCAACAUUUUAUUCACAUUAGGACAAAUAAAACGUGUCAGUUGCUGAAAGUGAGACAUUUUACCAGUCCUGAACAGUCCAUCGCAGGCCCACACAGAAACACACAAAGACAAACACACACUCACACUAAUUUCUAAGGGCCAUUUGGAAUGUCCAAUCAACCUAACACGCAGUUUUUUGGACGGUGGCAGGAAGCCAGAGAGCCCGGAGAGAACCCACGCAGAGACAGGGAGAACA